CCCUUGUUUCUCCAAGGCAGCGUUUGACUUCUGCAACAACAAAUUCCCAAAAGAAAGUGAUACCUAUCAGACCUGCUCCCCAGAUCCCCCUAAAUAUGAGAGUAAAGCUCACCUUGAUGAAGAAGCAGUGGCAUCAUAUGAACCAUGUUUCGAUGUCGAAUGUCCUCAAAAGAAAACAUUUUUUGACUGCCUUGAUUCUGGGUUCUGUACAUGGUGCAGGUCAAACAGAUCAGACUACGGAGAUGAUUCAAAGGGGCGUUGUGUCUAUUCAAAGUGUUCAAUUGAUGGUAACAGUGAUGUUUGUGAAAUGGUCGGUUCACCCAGUGAAGUCAUUGAUACUGCAGCGUACGCUGGUGGAUUCGGAGCAUUAGGAGUUAUUUUGAUCAUCGUGGUGGUGGUGAUUGUAGUCGUAAUCCACAAAAGAAGGCAACGUAAGAAUCAACACGACGAAUUCAAUGAUGUUCCCAAAGAAAUGAAUGGUCUUG